UUCAAUCCACCCCACUGUCCACCCAUCUAAGCCACACUUCCUAGGCUUACCUAUGAGGAUGCUGUGGGAGACAGUGUCAAAAGCCUUGCUGAAGUCAAGGAAGACAACAUCCACGACCCUCCCCUCAUCUAUCCAUCCAGUUAUGCCAUGGUAGAAGGCUGAUUUCCAUGAUUUUCAGCCAUAGCCUGCUACUGCCCACCCAGUGGUUCAUAAUGGCUGAUAAACAGAUCUGUACUUUACACAGGUUUCUUUUGCUUAACCAAGUCAAAGGUCUUUAACAAAAACUAGGAGUAAAAUCAAUGUUUAAAUCAUGCCAUGAGUUUACACAUGACACAAUCACAUACAGGCAUUUCUUCAGAACCCCUUUUUGUAGUAGUUAAUCAAGUCACUGGCACAUUGUUUUAUCAUAUAUACGGCUUUUUAGUGAAAGGGAAGUUCAUUUUACUGAUAAGUAGAGCGGCUAAUUUGAUCAAGGUCACAUAGUCCAUUUCUGAGCUGGAAAUAGAACCAGUAUCAGGCUAUACAUUCUGUUUUUAGAAGAGACAUGGAGAAAAGAACGCUUUGUCUUGAAGCCAUCUUUUCUUUUUAUAGAUACAAAUACUUAAUUUCUGAGCUGUAUAGGGUGCUCUCUUGCUAUUAUGCUGAGCUCAGAAGAACUCUGAAGCUCAGUAUUUUACAGAUGAGAUUAGAUUUGAGUCACUAAUCCAGAUAAUCACAAUAGUCUUUGGUGGAGUUUGGAGCUAUAUCAUUAUCAAGAGCAAAAGCACACAAUCAGCAAAUAGCUGAUACACUGAUAUUGAAAUAAACUAAAAGUCCAGUUCAAAUUUUGGAGAAACUGAAAAGACUGAUGCAGACGUUCAAUACUGUACAAUGUUAGCUCACUGGACUAUAACUCAGCCCCACCUCUUGACUAUAUUUCAUAUUCUGAACAAAAAGAAACUACUUCCCUAAAUUUACCUGCUACUAAGUAUUUGCCUGGAAAGUACAGGAAAAUUUUAUUAAUAUGUACAUUUAAAUACCUUAGAUAAACCUGACACAAAGCCCUACAGGUGUGACAAGUGACAAAUGGCACUAAUGGCACUAAUACUCAGAGAUUCAUAUAACCUUUGCUCAAAAAGUACACUUAUUUUUAUUGGGAAUUGUUCACUGUCACUCUCUUUUCAUUGAAACUAGGCUGGAUUCGACUAUUCUAGGUAAUCCUAAGACUCAUUUGAGCAUGCAGUAAUGGAUGAAGUAAAUACCAGAGCUGUUACUGCUUUAAGAAAAUCCUGCAUUUUGCUUCUAGAUUUUUUUAACCUGGGGCUUAUUAGCUCAUGCAUUUCAAUUCUCUCCAAUAAUCAACUCUCAAAAACAUGCAGCACUUCAUGGAUCAGAGCCCUUACACAGAAAUUAAGAAGGAACAUCUACAGACACUAAAGAGUAAGUUUCAAGGUCCACAGCCACCACUAACUAAUCAGACAAACAGAUCUAUGCUCACUGGAAAUUUCUAAGUAGUCUUGCAAACAUUGAAUCUUCAUGUUGAACAGAUUGCAUAUUAGCAACAUCCAGGAGAUUCUCCUUGGACAAAAAUAAAACCAGAAACUUAGGACAAAAUCUAUCUGAAGUAUGAUCUAAUCCUGCUUUAAUACAACAUGCAAUUGCAACAUGUACUUUGAAAUUAUUUAUCCAAGAGAUGGCAUUAGUUAGGCUCCAUCAAACGUCUUGUUGCUAGGCCACCCAUAGUUAUGCUAAAGUUGGCUUUACUGGCACUAGAUUAUCUAUUUACCCUAUCAACGUGAAUUUGAGUAUUGUGGUUUAAAUGGUUAGUAAAACUUCACAAUAAGGGAUCCAGGGGCCCUUAAAUCAUUUAUGUGCCCAACGAUCUUUGCAAUCUAUACCAAGACAUGGAGGAGAAUCAUGCAAUAGAAAACAUGCAUAAACCCUGUCAAAUCAAUUCACAACUACCUGACAGAAACCAGUUAAUCUGCAUGGCUUUAACAGGGUUUCAUGUCUUUCAUAAUAUAUAAUAUAAUAUUUACUUAAGUAUAUUAUGUUUAUGCUGGCACCAAGCCAUUAACACUCCGUGGUAAAGCUGAGUUUUACUGUUCUAGCUGAUUUUAGGCAGAAGAACUUGAAAUCAAGCCACAAACCAGUAAGCAGGAUAGAUGAAUACAACCCACUGAAAAAGCAUUUUGUCACCCUGAUCUUUGGAAUAUCAUUACCAUCAUAAUACAGUGUGGUAUGAUUAUCACAGACCAGCAUGAUGAGAUUGGCAUGACCAUAUAAGUUAAUAAUUUAGCUCCAUCCACCUCAUUUAAAGAUCAAAUUUCAAAGUUAGUAAGGUUUUCCAUUUCAGUGUUCUGAAGCUGACACGUUGAAGAAAGCCAUGAAACCAAGAAUACACACCCUUAGCUUUCAUGACUUUAACGCAACCAGCAAUACUGAAAAAGAAGUAUUUCAAUGUACCAUUUAAGCAAAAAUUGUAGUUUUGAAAACCACACAAGGAAGAGGUAGACAGACGAAGGAAAAAUGUUGUGGAAUAUUCCAACAUUAUAUAUUUAUAAAACCAAUUUUAAUUCUAAUUUUAGAAGGAAACACAGCUUUUAUAGGAACUCAAACUCGGAACAAAGUGCACAUCAUAUGAUUCUAGUAAAAAACAGUUUCUAACGUAAGAAAACUGAAGUCAGAUUUUAGUGCAUUAACAGUCCUAAGUAAGUAGUGUAAAUUGUGAAAGAUUAAAAAGGUGGCUGCUUGUUCUAGCAGCAACAUUCCACCAGACCUCAGAGAAGAACAGUUCUUUAUGCUGCCAGCACUACACCAAUGUAGAGACACCAUGAAACUUAUAAAUAUUGACCACCUUUUGAGACUCGUACUUAACUGACAGAUCUGUGGGGCUGAUCUGAACAGAAUCCUAAGGAAUCCAGGGAAAAGAAAUGUUAAGGAAAGGAAAAAACUGAACAGAGAUGGAACAACAAGCUUUGAUGUGAAAUCCAGGACCCAGGUACAUGCUGCUCCCUUGCUGAAAAGGUUUGGAGUUAGCCAGUUAGCCUGACUUCUGAGGGAGACCAAAGAACAACAAGGGGGGAAAGGCAAGUUGUGAAAUAACUGGCUGGAAAAGCACAUCUGAGAGAUCUUCCUAUUAGUUGAGGACUUGCUCCAGAAGACCCUCCCCCUUUUUUAAGGUUCAGAAAAACUACUGAAGUAACUUUGAUGUAGAAAUUCAUAUUUAACAUGCAGAAUGUCAAUAUUUUGAGUUAUUUUUUCAGAGGUUAAGAAGAUAGAUUGGAUUCAAAUAAGGAAAGUAAUCAAUAAAAAUAGUUUUGUUUACUUCAGAUACCUUAGCAUUUCUUAAAUAAAAUGAAUCAGCAGGUUCUUGGAGAGAAUGCAGAACACAUAUGAAAAGUAAAAAAGCUUUCUUGAAAUGCUCAAAAUAAAAGUUGUUUCCUAUUCAUUAGAUUUGAUAUAUGACUGAAAUAAUGUUAAUUGUUCACAUUAUUUCAGGCAUCAGUUUUCUACUGGAUACAACAGAAGUGUUUUACAAGUUGCGCUACACCAGUGUCAGAAAGAACCCUUCUGCAGAGACCGUAAAGAGAGUUAAUAAUUUUGUUAAGCAACAGCAAAUUGGAUGAACUAUAAUCAGACACCAGGUAUUUUUGACUAGGUAUAUACAGUAAAUAAACAACAUAGAUCGACAAGGACAACUACAAAGGUCAAGACACACUCCACUACAAUAAAAAGAGAUAAUCUGAUUCUAAUAGAAACUCAUUUUGCCCAUUUUCUUAUCUGGCUGAAGGGUAAGAUGGGCAUCCAUGAUUGGGACAGCACUGGGCAUGGGCUAUGACACUUUUUGAGACAGAGUUUGGAUUCAGUAUCAUGCUAACACUAUUCAUCUUCCAUUUUCUAGUUGGCUGAUUUUUAUUCCAGUUACAGUGGCUAGCACAUCUCUACUUCCCUAAGUCAAAUGUCUUGCCUGUACCUGACAAUGUUCACAGUGAGAUGCAGCAUUUCAAUUUUGUCCUUCCCAAAAAAAGUUAAUUCUGGAAUUCUAAUAUUUAUAUAGAGGCAGGGUUAUUUUUUUUUUUUCUACAGAAAUUAGGCCAACUUCUGUGCAAAUUUUAUUUUAGAACUUGCAUGUAAGUCAAGAUGAUAAAAAACUGCAUGCAAAUGUAGAAGAAACUGCAUGUAAAAAGUACAUAAUGAGACCUAAACAGUGGUGUUAAAUAGCCGCCAUUAAGAGUAAACAGCCUGAACACCUUCCAUCUGGCAGGCUUCUUUACCCUGCAAGAUAGGAAUAUAAAAAGUAGGAAGAAGAAAUAACAGGUAGCUUGUACAAGGAGAGUGGCAGGCUCUGCUUCUUCCUAGACAUCAUUUCUAAGAUGUUAAAAUUUAGUAAGUAGAGCACAACCCAUCAUCACCUGUGUGGUAAGCAAAAUCCAAUUGGGCAUUCAGGAUUUACAUUUUGAAAAUAACAGAUAGCAAAGGUGAUGCCAUCCAUGUGAACAGAAGAAUUGUAAGCUUAAACCUGGUAAAGACAAAAGAUGGGUCAACAGUUUUGCUCAGUUUCACGUAGCACCAGUCAGUGGCGAAGGGGAGUGGGGGAAGAAGCAGCUAAAUCAGGGAAGGCUCAUGUCCUGCAUUAUCCUUGAACAGGAAAAAAUCUGGGACCUAUGGAAGUCAACCACAUCAAGUAAAUUGAUUUGGCUCCGCAUCUUUUUCUGUUGCAGGAAUGGGUCAGAUGCACAUAGCAUCCACUGAAUGUGUUAUAAUGAAAAAAUUAAGAAUGUAGAAACUGCUCAGAAUUUAAACUAUAUAUUAAAGUGAACACAUGAAUACAGAAUAUCAUCCCAAUUUUCAUAGCUCAGCACUAGACAAGAAGCAAGUGGAUAGGUUUCUGAAACAUCAGGUAAAUACUCAGGAAAUCCUCUGCCCUAUGCUUAUUAUGUUGAGCAGAACAGAUCUCUACCAAAUUAUAACAAAGUACAGAUUUGUGUUUGGUUUGUUGAGUAAAUAUGUUUACUCCAGUUGCAUAAAGACUCUCCCACAAGCAUGAAGAUACAACAGAGACAGAAAAUGUCAAGAAACUUUCUUAGUCUAAGUAUUGCUUUCACUAGAUAGCUGAUAUUUACUACAACUCAAACAUGGUGAAUAAAAUGAAUGGAUUAGCAAUUCUUUUUUAAGAUUAGCAAUAAAGAUACUGUCAUGAUCUGGGGGCAAUAACGGACAGAUUCAGCAGCAGUGUGGUCACAGUUGGAAAUUUGAUUAAACUACAGUAAACUUCUCCUUGAAAAGAUCAAUGCCUCAGUUGAGCUUUAGUCCGCCACAUCAUCCUGUAAAUUGCUUUCAAGAUAAGCCAGUACAUAAAUUCUCUUUGCAAAGACCUGUUACUUCAGAACAGACCUCCUACAAACAGAAACAUGGCAUUUAAUGGUACUUGGAAAAUAGACAGAAACGAAAACUAUGAAAAGUUCAUGGAGACGAUGGGUGUCAACAUAAUGAAAAGAAAGCUGGGAGCCCAUGAUAAUCUGAAGAUCACUAUUCAACAAGAUGGAAACAAAUUUACUGUCAAAGAAUCCAGCAACUUCCGUACCUUAGAUAUUGAAUUCACUCUGGGAGUCGAUUUUGAGUACAGUCUGGCUGAUGGGACUGAACUUAAUGGUUCUUGGAACAUGGAAGGAAACAAACUUGUAGGAAAAUUUACAAGAAAAGAUAAUGGAAAACUACUCACAGCAUACAGAGAAAUCGUAGGUGAUGAACUUGUUCAGACCUACGUAUAUGAAGGAGUUGAAGCCAAGAGAAUCUUCAAGAGGGGCUGAGUACUUUACCCAGAACCACACCAGAAUCAAAAAUCAAUGAAAAAAGACCAUUUUCCCACAUAUGCUCUGCUUUUUUUUUGCCUUUUAUCCCCUCACAGCAUAUCCUAAGCUGCAAAUACUUAGCUGUGUUGAAAGCAUGGGCUAGUUUCUUAUGUUUACUGCUUUGUCUCAAAUAAAAAAAAAAAAAUCCAAUUACAAUUUGAUACAAAAGCUAAAAUGUUAUUUGUACCAAGUCCUACCUGAAUGCGACACUGUAAAAGGCUCUAGAAACUAUUUUCCAUAAGCAGAGCUUAAAUAUCUUUUUAUACUCGUUCUCAAUGCAACUUAGUUUUCUUACAAUAACAGCUUCUCUGUGUACUGAAUAUUGUGUAAUAAGGAUGGCAAAACCUAAAAUAAACCUGACAACGCUCAAGUCGCUGAGAUUAUUCUACGUAAAUAUAAAUAUGGAAUAAACAUAAAAUAUGGUGUCAUAAUACAGCUCACUUGGAGGACUUAUCUAAGAUCCCAUUGAUAUCUUCCUCAUAUCAAUAGGAGUAAUAUAAAGCAUAUAGUGAUGGUAUGCAGGUAUCUCACAUACAGA